UCAUUUUCAUUAAAAGGCUAAAAAUGAAUCUCACGGUGCUGAGCUGGAAUGUAAAUGGGCUGCGAUCACUGAAAGUACCAAUGGUAGACAAUUUAAAUCAAUUAAAAUCAGAUAUAAUUUGUAUGCAAGAAACUAAAAUUACAAGAGAUAUGCUCAGUGAAGAUCUUGCUCUUGUUGAUGGAUACUCUUCCUAUUUUUCAUUCUCUAGAAGAAGGAGUGGAUAUUCUGGAGUGGCAACAUAUGUUAAAACGUCAUCCACUCCAUUUCAUGCCACAGAAGGAUUGUGUGGAACUCUUAUGAAUGACCAAUAUUUCACUCAACCACAAAAUGGUGACAAAUGUGUUAAUGAGGAUAUUUCUUCUUCUGUUAUUGCUGCUGCUUCCUCUCCCUUGUUUGGUGAAUGGACCAAACAAACUCUGCGAGAAAUUGACUGUGAGGGAAGAACUGUCAUGACUUUUCACAGAACAUUAUGGGCGCCUGCGCAUGAACCUUCUGAUCAAGAUUCACUCUCUUCACAACCUGGCAUACUGGCCCUUAUAAACGUCUAUUGCCCACGAGCUGAUCCAGCAAGAGCUGACCGCGUCCAGUUCAAACUUGCCUUCUACAGAGCUUUGAGGCUACGUGCUGCUCUGCUCGCCCAGGCUGGUGCCAGAGUCCUGAUUGUUGGGGACUUGAAUACGUCCCACACUGUCCUGGAUCAUUGCGACCCUGACGAGGAUUUUCAUCUGAAUCCCGGCAGGCAAUUCAUGAAUGGAUUCCUGAUAACGCCUGAGGAUGUCAAGGAAUGGUCGUGCAGUUUCCUCGGCCAUGGCAGACGCGAUCAAAUCCCGAAAUCUGAGCCGUUGGUUUUUGAUGGACGAGAAGCCUCCUCUGGAACUGACAAGCCUCAAACAAUGGAUAACCACUGCUUCAUCCCUGAUCAAAGUGGUAAAGAUUUCGUGACAGUUGAAAGACAUGGAGAGACCAGCUUGACUUCUCGGACGAAAGAUGAGGCGCAUGAAAAUCAAUCUUCGUGUCCGAAUAUUGGAGUAAAUGACCACAAUUCUUUGGAGAAAGGGAGACCAUUGGAUGCCGUCGUGCAAGAUGGGAAUUAUUACUCUGACCCGUUAAUGGCCCUAAAGCUAUAUCGAGACUUCAGAAUGAUUGAUACUUUCAGAGCCCUGUAUCCUAACAAAAGGGAUGUAUUUUCCUGUUGGAAUGUUAAGGCGAACGCUCGCGAGACGAAUUAUGGGACUAGGAUCGACUACGUACUUAGUGAUCCGCUGCUGUUCUCUCAAGUCUCGGACUCGCUGGUUUUAUGCGAUAUAAUGGGAAGCGAUCACUGCCCAGUUGCUUGUCAUUUGAAAAUCACUGUUGUUCCAGCUGAAAAAUUACCUCAGUUCUGUUCUAAAAAUUUUGUCGAGUUCCAAGGAGAGCAACAGAAACUUUCUACUUAUUUUCAGAGGAAGGAAACGUUGCCUGAAACCCAAGUGGAGGUCGACCACCAAAAUUGGACAAAGUUUGGUGCCAAAAGAAAGUGCGAUGAUGUAGCCGUUUCGGAAAAUACUGAAAGUAAAAGAGGGACUUUGAGUGCCUGCUCCGUAAGCCUUGAUCAUAAAUUGAAAAGUCAAUCAUCCGCUGACAUGGAAAAUGAGAAAUUCCGUAUUGGAGUAAAAAAGCCCACACCCUAUUCUAGUCCAUCAUCAAAGGGAAGAAGUAGUAAGAACUUGUUGAAAAGGCGGGAAUCCAAAAAUUCUUAUCAAUCGAAGUUGUCAUCGUUUUUCUCUGCCAACAACACUCAAGUCUUGCCAACCAAUUAUGAUGACUCGCUACCCUCGCUAACCUCUCCUUCAAUCAAAUCAAAGUUUUGUUCUCAGAAUCUAGAAUACAAUCCCAGUGAAAAAAGUAACCCAUUAUCUCUAUAUGAGGCGGAAAUGAAAUACUUGCAGGAUAAUCCUGAUAUCUACAAAAAAUUGAAUAUCGACAACGAUGGUGAUGUGAACAUGGACAUUUUAAGUACGGUCGUCAAAUGUAAUGAUGUUGGAAAUGUUCCAAGACCAAACAAAAGUGCAGGAGCUGAUGAGGGCUCCUUUGCGGACGCAUUAAACAUGGUGGAAGAAAUAAUAGACCAGUCAUAUUUUAAAGCAAAGCAAGAGAAAAAUAUAACUAAUUGUGGCAUCGUGAAACAAAUAUCAUCUACUAGCAACCAAUUGUGUGAACCACUGCCGAUUCCUAAAUCUCCUAGACCUAAUGCUCAAAAUGAAAAUCUAGUGGCUACCGUUAAUCACAAUCAUUCUACUUUAAAAACUAUAAGCUACACAUCUGAACAUUCUUCGGAAGUAAGAAACGACUCUGAAUUAUCGAAGACACAAGUAAGUGCUAAUAAUGGGGCUUCUGACUGGUCAUUUAUGAAGCAGAAGGCGGCCAUUCCUUUAUGCUCGGGACAUAAAGAGCCUUGCGUCAUGAGGACUUCCAAGAAGAAGGGUGUAAACUUCAACAGACGUUUCUAUGCCUGCCGUCGGGGUGCCGGAAGGCCUGGCCAGAAAGACGCACAGUGUAACUUUUUCAAGUGGAUUUGAACGCCCUGGUUAUUGUCUCUUUUUUACUAUAGUCUUGUGAAUUUAAAUUUUAUGAUGGAAACUGCUCAGGCUGGUACUAAACUUUUUUGUUGGAAGCGUCAUGGAAAAAAAUUUAUUUCGUAAAUAUUUCUCAUUUAAUAUCAGGGGUCAACAUUACCGAUCGUUUGCAAGUUUCGGACGUAGUAAAUUAAAAAAAUGCUCCCACAAAUCCAAGAACAUCGUUUAAACGCGCCCUGUAAAAGUAUUCGGAGGAAGUAUACCUUGAUUCUUCUAUGAUCCUCAAUGAUUUAUCACGCAUUCGGCAAGCUGUGACAGUACUCUAAUUAAAUCCGAGUCUUUAUUGUUUGUCAUAGAAAGGCACUUACAUUUUAAUGUUGUUGUUUAUGGAUGGCGACCCGCUGCCUUGUCACCGUUAGUCACCGUGUGCCGUGUCCUCGACCGCACUUGCGAUUCUAACUUUCUAAUUGGAUGUUCAAAUUGCUCUGU